AUGGCUUCUACUUCCAAUAUGCAAGUAUUAACACAAGAGGCUACGUAUCUUAUCAUAAGCAACAGUAGCACAACCAAUUUACGUAAUCAUGUUUUUAAAAUUCAUAACAUUAAAAUCUCAGAGACAGUUAGUUCUGAAGAUUUUACUAUUGCAAUUCCUCAAUCAAGUGAAGAUAUUUUUAGAGAAGCAUUG